UUUUAUAAGCCUUCAUAAUUUUUCUCUCUCUUAAUUGGCAUUGAAUUAUUUUCAGGUUAUUGCUAGAUCAAAAAAACAGGAAAGACCAUCUAGACACUUGCCCUCUUGAUAAAUAGUGCCAAACUACUUCACAAUAUUUGUAUGAUUUUCACUUUCAAAAGCAAAAUUUGAGGCUUUAAUUGGUCAUAAAUACAUGGUGUUGUUAAUUUUCUCUUGAUUUUGAAAUGACAUUUCAUUAUGACUUGAAUAUACAUGUUCCUUUUUAUUAGUGAGCUAGGCUAUGCAUACUCAUCAGGUAGGCUUCAUGUUUUGUGAGUUACCCAGGUAGGAUUUUUGCUUGUUUUUAUAUGGAGUAUGAUUUGGACCAGUUUGUAAGCAGAUGGGUUUUGUUUGUUUAUUCUAAGUAUUUGUUUAAGGGCCAUUUAUUUUCUUUUUUUCUGGAACUCAAACUGACUUGGGAUCUUGAGUCCCCCUUUCCUGGCCUUCUGAGUGCUGCUGGGAUUACAGCCCUUCUUCCUUCAGUUUGUUUAUGUGAUGUUUACACUGACUGGUUUUCCUAUGUUGAACCAUCCCUCCCUCCAUCUCGAGGAUGAGGGCUUCUUGUCAUGGUGAUGAUCGUUUUGAUGUGUUCUUGAAUUCAGCUUGUGAGUAUUUUAUUAUUUAUUGCAUCCCUGUUCAUAAGGGAACUUGGUUAUUUUUCUCUCCAUCUUUUUUUUUUUUUUUUUUUUUUUGGUUGUUGAAUCCUUGUGUAGUUUGGGUAUUGGUGUGAUUGUGGCCUCGUAAAAUUUGUUUGGCUAUAUUCCUUCUGUUUCUAUUUUGUGGAAUUAAUUUGAGGAGUAUUGGUGUUAGCCCUUCCUUGAAAGUCUGAUAGAAUUAUUUGCUGAAAUCUUCUGGCCCUGAGAUUUUUUUGGCUAGAAGACUUUUAAUGACUGCUUCUAUUUCCUUAGGGGUUAUAGAUUAUUUAAGUUGCUUAUCUGAUCUUGAUUUAACUUUUUAAGUGAUAUCUAUCAAAAUUAUCCAUUUUAGAUUUUCCAGUUUUAUGUAAUAUAGAUUUUUAAAGUAUAACCCAAUGACUCUUUGAAUUUCCUUGGUGUCAGUUGGUAUGUUGUGUUUUCAUUUUCAUUGAAUUCUAGAAAGUCUUUAAUUUCUUUAUUUCUGUCUUAUCCAGUAGUUAAUCAAUAUAGAGUUGUUUAGUUUCUAUGAGUUUAUAGAUGUUGUUGUUGUUGAAAUCCAGUUUUAUUCUGUAGUAGUCUGAUAGGAUGCAGAGUUAUUUAAGUUUUUUUUUGUAUCUGUUCAGUCUUGCUUUGUUCCAUGGGGUGCUGAGAAGAAGGUAUUCUUUCGUGUUUGGGUGAAAUGUUCUUUAGAUAUGCUAGGUCCAUUUAACUUAUAACAACUUUAGCUUCAGUAUUUAUCUGUUUAGUUUUUGUCUGGGCAAUCUGUCUUUUGGUUGGGAGUGGGAUAUUGAAGUCUCCCACUCUCAGUGUGUGAGAAUCAGUGUGUGUUUUAAGCUUUCUUGUUUCUUUUACAAACCUGGGUGCUCUUUGCAUUGGGAGCAUGGUAAGAAUUGAAACAUCAUCAUGGUGGAUUUUUCCUUUGAUGAGUAUGAAGCUUCUUUCCCCAUCUCUUGAUUCAUUUUGGUGAAGCAAUGUCAAUCUUUGAUGUUGAGGUGUGUUUCUUGUAUGCACCAGCAAGAUGAAUCCUGUUUUCCCAUUCAUUCUGUUAGUCUGUGUCUUUUUUUAUUGGGGAAUUGAAACCAUUGGUAUUAAGAGAUAUGAGUGACCAAUGAUAGUUAAUUCAGUUAUUUUAGUGAUGGGAGUGGUGGAUAUAUGUGUGUGUUUCCCUGCUCUUAGUUUUGCUGGUGUGAAAGUAUUGAUUUCCUGUGUUCUCAUGGGUGUGGUUAACUACUUGGAUUGAAGUUUUUCUUCUCCCUUCUGUAGGACUGGAUUUAUAGAUGCAUAUUGUUUAAAUUUUACUUUAUCAUAGAAUACUUUUUAAAAAACAUUUUAUUCAUUCAUUUUGAGUUUCACACCAUGUACCCCAGUCCUGCUCAUCUACCUGUCCCCUCAUAUCCCCCCUUUGCCCUUGCGUUGCCCCUCCCAAAUAAAACAAGCCAAAAAAAACAAAAUUUUGUUCUUACAAAAAUCCCAACUCAUAGAAAACAUCUCAUCAUGACAGCUAUAGUAUGUCACAGUGUGCCCCACAGUCUAUCCCUCUGUCCACAUAUCUUCACUUGCAGAUGUUCAUUGCAGUGAGUCAUUGGUCUCAUUCGAGAUCUCUGGCAUCUGUGACAUGCUAAUAUUGGAUCCUCAUUGAGACUUCUGGUUAUCCUGUUGUUGCGCUGUGUCAUGGAGAUCCUGCAGCUUUGGAACAGCAGAAAUGGCCUUUUCAUAUGUCCCAACCAUUAGUAAAUGAUAGAGAUUUUGGGGAGGACCAAUUCAGAGCUCUAGAUCUGGACCUGGGCGGUAGCUGCUGGUCAGCCUGCCAACUCUCUCUUAACAGUACCACCAAGGAGAACUCUCCAGCACUUCUCCGACUAGACUACCUAAUGCUAUCAUUGGCAGGAGGCAGGGUCAGCUCUCCUGCUCUCAUGCCCUUGGGGCCAGCUCACCCACACCCACACCUCCAGAGUCAGCUCCACUGUAUUGCCUAGGCAGUGCCCUCUCUUCUGAGUGCUACAGCCAGUGAGGGGACAGGGCUAACUGUCCCCCUCUCAUGACCCGCCCAGGUCACUCUCCCAGGUACUACAGUUGUCAUGGAGGAGGAAGAGACCCUCACCCCUGCACCUAUGUCUCCUCCCACCUCAUAGCAGACUAGUGUUGAGGACAGUUCUCUCAAGCUCUGACCCUCAGAGCUGACUCACCUGUUCUCCUACUCUGACUCACCAGAGUCAGCUCUGCUGUGCUGUCCAGGCAAGAUGCAGGGCCCACUUACCUGAUUCCUAUAUGGUUCUCCUGAGCUCAUGGUCCUGUGGACAGCUUUCCUGACUGCUAGAGGUGUUAGGAGGUAGAGGCAUCACUUCUGCACCUGUGCCACCCCACAGCAGAGGAGUGGCAGGGUCAGCUCUCCCACAUUCAUGCCCUCAUGUUCUUUAGUGGUAAUAUGAACCAGGGACAUCAACACCAACCCCUGCAUCUGUAUGUAGCCACGGACUCAGAUACUCAGUGUCAACUUGGGCUAGGACCUCACCAUGGCCCCAGGUAGCAGGAUUGCUCACUUAUUACCGGCUACUCCUCUCCACUCUAGAGUCUCCAGUUUCAUCUCUCUUCAUAAUGUUCAAGCUGCUCCACUUCUCUUACCCUCCCAUGUGACCAUCACAUACUUGUAUAGCCCUGCAGGCUGGCCACUCAGCUAGUGGGCCCCUGGGUGAUGACCUCCUCCAUCCUUGCUUCGUGGUGUGGCAGCAAGCUGGUGUCUGUGACCCACGUGUGCCAUGUGUUGGAGGACCGGUCUGGGUGACAUGGUGGUCCUCAGGACUCUGUCUUCCUCCUCUUGUCUUGUACUGUACUGUUUGGAUUUGAUUUUAUUUCAUUUUAUUAGUCCUAGGCAUAAGACAGCUUUGGCCACUAAGCCAGGCAUCAAGCUAGGAUGAACAAAGGACUGCCAUCUGCUCUGCCUCUGACUGAUAUAAGAACAACACCACCAACAGGGUGUUUCUUUACCCAUCACCAGGGAAUGGAAUAUCUUUUUUUGUUUUCUCAGAACAUCUAUGAUGAUUGAAAGUUUUUCUGGGUGUAGUAGUCUGGGCUGGCAUAUGUAGCCUUUUAGAGUCUGUAGAACAUUUGUCCAGAUCCUUCUGGCUUUUAGAGUCUGCAUUGAGAAGUUAGGAAUAAUUCUAAUAGAUCUGCCUUUCUAUGUUUCUUGCUCUUUUUCCCUUGCAGCUUUUAACAUUCUUUCUUUGUUCUGUAUGUUUAGUGUUUUGAUUAUUACAUAGCAGGGGAACAUUAUUUUCUCCAACGUAUUUGGUGUUCUGUUUGCUUUUUGUGUCUUUAUAGGCAUCUCCUUAUUUAGAUUACGGAAAUUUUCUUCUAUGAUUUUGUUGAAAAUAUUUUCUGGGCCUUUGACCUGGAAUUCUUCUAUUCCUAUUAUUUUUAGGUUUGGUCUUUUCAUAGUGUCCCAGAUUUCCUGAAUGUUUUAUGUCAGGAAUUCUUUUAGAUUUAAUAUUUUCUUUGACUGGUGUAUUCAUUUCUUCUAUUGUAUCAUCAAUGACUGGGUAGGAAUUCGUUCAUUUUCUCUUUUAAAACACACAUCAUCUUCAUAAGUUGGUUUUAAGGUCUUUUUCUUGUCUUUCAGCUAUGUUGGACUAUUCAUGGCCUUAUGUGGUGAGACAACUGGGCUCUGGUGAGGACAUACUGCAUUGGCUUUUGUUGGUUGUGUUCUUGCACUGGUUUAGGGUGAUUUUAGGUCUAGGUGUCAAUUUCUGAGUUUGUUUUUGUUGCAUGGAUAUUUUAUUCCUUGGUUUCUGUUUUCUCUUUGGUCUCCUGGCUGAUGUGGCCUGUAGGAGGCUGGACUUCUGACAGCUGGCAGGGCCUCUGAUUGAGGCAGGAGGUAUGUGCCCAAGUUGCAGGCUGGGGCACACCUCCUGAGGAAAGGGCAUUGGGGAGGGCCACCAAGAGAAUGGGGAGGUCCACAGGUGGGUGACCUAUCUGACCUAUCUGGACUUCUUGUUUGACCUCUAGUCAAGCAGGAAUUCUUUCUGUUUCCUUUUUUUAGGGUGAAUAAAGAUGUACUGAAUAAUCUUUAUAAAAAUGAUGUAUGGGGCCAUUUCUUUAAGAUAGAUUCCUGGAGGUCAGAUUAGUGAGUAAAAAUUAUAAUAACAUUUUAGUAAGUUUUUGAUAUUUGACACAGUGCAUUCUGUUAUAAUUGCAAUUUAAGAAUAAUUUGGGGGAUUUCUUCUGCUUUUCCUUUCUGUGUGUAGGUUAUUGUGGUGGUUAUCUUAUAAAAUACUUGUUUGAGAGAUAAAAUGAGUAAGAGUAGAUAAAAAUAAUAUUAAGUAAAAUUAUUUGAGUUCCUUCAGCUUUUCAUUAGAAGUAAAAAUGUAUACAACUUAAAAUUGAUAGAUUCUAGCCGGGCGUAGUGGCGCACGCCUUUAAUCCCAGCACUUGGGAGGCUGAGGCCAGCCUGGUUUACAAAGUGAGUACAGAGAAACCCUGUCUCCAAAGGGGGAAAAAAUUGAUAUAUUCUAAAGGGAUAAAUGUUAUAAGGGACUCAGCAGUGAAGUAUAACUUAUAAAAUAUGUUCAAUUAAGAUUAACAACCUCUUUUAGAGAAAAAAAGCCAAUGCAGGGGCCUUUUCUAUCUUUACAGUAUUGUGGUUGUAAUGAAGUGAAAUCUUUAAGGAGUUUGUGCGGCUCAGGAUGUGAUUUACUGUUUGACAGGAUCACACAGGUAUAGAGUGCAUUCUGAUUGCUCCUUUUCUCCAACCCCUGUUGGCAUCUUUCUCUUCUAAGUCCCUUUCCCAUGUUUGUAUCUUUUUUUUUUUUUUUUUUUUUGUGACCUAUCAAGGGUUUAGAAUUGCUCAGUGGAACCUAGCAGGAUCACCAGUGGAUACACAAGUGAAGACAGUGAUUUCAGUCCCCUAAUUUAUCAGGAGCUAAUUAAUUAGUUCAUCAGGGAGGGGUAGGACCCUGAUGAUUCCCCCCUCCAGUUUUGGCUGAAAAUUGACAAGUCCACUCUUAUUCAGCCCCAGUGCAGAUAACCAUAGCACCUGUGAGUUCCUGUUUGCAAUAGCUGGGCCAUGUCCAGGAGAGAGCAUUUUUACAUCCCUUUUCCCUAUCUUCCAGCCCUACAUUCUUUCCAUGCCCUCUUCUUUAGUGUUCCCUGAACCUUGGAUGGGGGUUAUAAGUACCUUCUUUAGAGCCACCAAGAUGGUUCAGUGGAUAAAGGUGCUGUUGCCAUGCCUGAUGACCCAAGUUUGAUAGCUGGGACCAAUAUGGUGGAAGGAGAGAACCAACUUCUGUAAGUUGUCCUCUGACCUCCACAUACGCACCAUGACACACAUGCACACAAUGAAAAUGCAAUAAUAAAAAAGAAUGAAAAAUAGACAUCCUGUUGAGGGCCCACCACACAAGUAUCCCUUGCUUUCAGCACUGUAAGCAGCCAGGACUCUGUAUUCACCACUGAUCAUUGCAGAGAAAAGCUUCUCUGAUUGAAGGUAAACUGGAAAGGAUACUUUCUGGCUAGUGGUGUUGGGGAAGUCUCAAUAAAGAACUUAGGAAUAGAAUGCUAAGAAAUAAUCCCAAUGAGAAUAAAAAGGACAUAGUGGAUAAGUUCAGGGAUUAACAAUAUUAUCAGGACUCUUAAAAACAGUGAGUUAAGACCUAAGGAAAAUAGUCAGAGAGUAAAUUAAAAUAAACACAAAUUCAGCCUUCAGAACUGGUCCAAUGUUAGGUGAAGUGACAAAGGAGGGCAUUUGCCAUAUAUAUGGGAAAUUGUAAUGACAUGGAUAAACAAGAAUUUAUACAAUUUUCCUUAAUGGUGAGGAAAGUUUUGUUUAAACUAUAUGUAUAAUAUAAGUAUUGGUAGAAGGAACUUAAAAAGAAGAUAAAGAAGGUUGAUCCCUAAACUGGAUUUAUUUCCUACUUUCAUACAUCUCACACUGCAGGAGUGAGAAUAUCGCUAAAGGAAGUCAUGGUCACAUAGUUUCUCUUACAGAAGAAAGUUUAGAAUCAAAGGUAAUCCUUUUUACUAAAUGCUAUAGGAAUAUACUCUUUCUGUUUCAAGUGAAAAAUAUGCAAUUUGAAAUUAAUCAUUUUUAUUACUAUAGAGCAAUACAUUAGAUUUUUCAUUUUAAAUGUAUGUGCGCUUGUGUCAGGUUGUGCGUGCAUCACAUAUGUAUGCACUCAAAUGCACACACCCCUCUCCAGCCAGAGGAUCUCCAGGAGCUGGAGUUAUGGGCAGGUCGUAAACUACCAAAUGUGGUCUCUGGGACUCUAAUUUGGAUUCCCUGAAGGAAUAGUCCAUGCUCUUGACCUCCAGAUGAAGAAUUUUGCACAUUCUCCAUUUCUUAUUGGGAUGGCCUAAAACUAAGGCCAUAUAAUUUGUAUACAAUUUGGCCACUAGAUGGUGCACAUACAGAAUGAAUUUACUUACAUGAGACAGCAGUGUGUGUGUGUGUGUGUGUGUGUGUGUGUGUUUUCAUUUUUCUAAAUAAAUAGCAUUCUUUGUUCACUAAGAUUACUAAAUAUGUGGUAUUUUAAUUAUACCUAAAGGCUUCUGGGUUUAUUUGUAAGUUUAGAAAUAUGUUUAUAAAUAAUCAAGGACCUAUUCUGUAUAAUUUUGAACUAUCUUUACUUCUGUUUAAUUUUUCUGUAUUAUAAAAUACAUAUUACAUUCCUAACUUGAAUUCCUAUGAUAUUCAAGUUUUGCAUAAUGGCUAUUAGAUAUAUACAGUGCUGGGGAUAGUGCACACCUUUAAUUCUAUGGGCAGAGGAAGGCAAUUCUUUAUGAGUUCAAGGUCUUCAUGGAGUUCCAGUUCAGCUAGGGCUACACAGUGAAACAAUAUGUGUGUCCGUGCACAUGCAUGUAUAUUGUAUUGGUCUAAGUUCUCUAGAGAAACAGAACUGCUAGAAUGAAUACAUAUUUAUAUUUAUUAUAUGACACAUAUAUAAGUCUUACAUUAGAUAGAUAGAUAGAUAGAUAGAUAUCUUACAAAGCUAUGGUCCAGCUAUUCUAACAAUGGCUGUCUCCUGACAAAAAGUCUUAAGAAUACAGUAGUCAUUCAGUCCAUAAGGCUCAAUAUCUCAGCUUGUCUUAAGUGCAUAUCAGAAUCCUGAAGAAGUAGGCCCUAAGAGUGAAGGAAUAUACUUGCCAAUUAGAAGUGAGAGCAAGCAGACAAGGAUUAAAACCUUACUUCUUCCAUGUUUUUUAUAUUGCUGCCGUCAUAUAAGAUAGUCUUUCUACUUCAAAUGAUUUAGUCAAGAAAAAUUUCUCACACUUGUGCCUAGAAGUUUGGCUUUAAUUAAUUUCAGAUACAGUUAAGUUGACAACCAAGAAUACACGUAUGUGUAUGUGGAUUUUGCUUUACUAAUGAAGCUUUCUCUAGCUGCUGAGGUUGGAAUUCUAGUGUGGAAUGCUAGUGGGAAGAUGGCUCAGUAGGUAGGAGCACUUGGUGCUUUUCCAGAGAACUUGAGUUUGGUUCACAGUGCCCUGGUUAGGUGACACACAACCACCUGUAUGUAAUUCCAGCUCUAGGGUCCCAAAGCUGUCUCUUCUAGCCUCCAUAGGCACUAGCACACAUGGCAGACACAGAGUCACACAAACAUAUGAAUAGAUACAUUUAAAGGAAAAGUUAAACUGUAUAAAAUGUUAAUUUCUGGGUAUCCUAAGAGGUUAAGAGCAAUUAUUUUUGUUGGUUGCUUUAGGUGGCAUAUUACUUUUAUUCUCUAUUUCAAACAAGCUUUCCAGGUUUUUCUAUAAUGAACUUAAAUUUUGUUUUAGUGAGGUUAAUCUUUCAGUUCUUUUGUGGAAUAAAUAAGGCAACUGUAAAGCAAAGAUCUAUCCCUUGACCCAAUUAUGAUGUUGAUAAGCACAUUGUUCUGUGUGCGUGCACUGUUGUGCAGUCGAUGGCCUAUAUGAAUCAUAGAUUUUUGUUCUUUGGGUAACAAGAUACUUGUUUGUAUAGAGCAGCUUUUUGAGAAAUUGGAAGUUGUGUAGUAAAUAGAUUGAAUAAGCAUACAGCAUAUUUAGUUGUGCUUUGGAGAAACUUGGAGUGAUCUCUAAACUUUGAAUUGUACCUAAGCUCUUUGACUUUCUAGGAUGAGUUUGUGGACACUGAAGGAUUAUUCUUGUGUCUGUAUUGAUACUGUUUGCAAUUUGAUGAAGGAGGUUUGCAUUUAGUAUUUGUAUUGUGUCCUUGUCAUAAUCCAUAAUAUCAAGGCCUGUAUCAAAACUAGAGUGUUAUGUUUUGUUUGAUUUUUUUUUUUUGUCAGAAUAUAUGGAUCAGGACACAUUUUGGAAUCAAACGGUAUAUACUAUCUAUAUGAACUAUAUUAAUGAGCUCUUUAUUAAAUACCUGGACCAUAAUAACAUUUUGUAUUUCAGGAGGUCUUUUUUUGUUCUUUUGGUUUUUUUUUUUUUUUUUUUUUUUGUUUUUCGAGACAGGAUUUCUCUGUAUAGCCCUGGCUGUCCUGGAACUCACUCUGUAGACCAGGCUGGCCUCGAACUCAGAAAUCCGCCUGCCUCUGCCUCCCAAGUACUGGGAUUAAAGGCAUGCGCCACCACACCCAGCUUUCAGGAGGUCUUAUUCUUUCCUUCAAAGAGGAUUCUUAGAUCUGUAUCAACUUUUAAUGUUUUCAUAUAUUCCUUUACUAAACAUAAGUAGAAUAGAAUCACAGUUUGCAAGCUGGUUUCCUAGUCCUUGGAAAUAAACACCAAACUCUAAUCUCUUUGGGAAGGCGUCUUAUUCCUGAGAAUCCCAUGUGGUUCUCUGCUCUUUGGGGACAUGUCUUAGGUAAGGUUUCAAUGAGAUACUAUGGACAUUUUUUCUUCUUGAGCCAAAUUUGCAAUGGACCCAAGGGUGUGGCUUGUAAUACUAUGUCCAGUAGGUUACAUUUAAUUCCUGCCUAGAAGUACAGACAUAAGAAAGAUUUUGUCCACGUCUGAAAAAUACUCGUGACUGAGCCUGGAGUGUGUGUUGUGUUCGUACAGGACUGAACAUUGAUUCAGUUAUUAUCAAGUAGCACUUUUGUUUACAUAUACUUUCUCAAUGGACAUCUAUUGUAACAUAUACUGAUAUAGCACAGCAUGGCUUAUACUUGAGAAUCUGCUUCUUAAACUUGAGAAUGUUAAGAGUUACUUAGGGAGCUUUUUAACUAGCAUUCCGGGAGCUAGAGAGAUGUCUUAGUGGUUAGGAACAUGUUAAUUCCUCCAGAGGACCUGAGUUGAGUUAGUUCAAGCACCCAUAACAGUUUCCAAACACCUGUAACUCCAGUUCCAAGGGACCUGAUAAUCUGAUGCCCUCUUCUGGCCUCCCUGGUCACUUGCAGAUGUGUGGCUUAUACACAUACACAUACACAUACACUGAGACCUUUAGAGAUUUUAUAGUAAAAACCAGGCAAUUCUGAGGCUAACUACUAUAAUGAAAAAAAAACUACACACAACAACAAAAAAAAUCAUUGAUUCUUUUUAAAUGCUUAUUAAUUUAGAAAUCAAGCAGCAUUACUUCAUGAGCCAGAGUAGUAUUUAUACAUUGUUUCAUAAUGAAAGGAAUUAUUGGUGUUCUUUUGCACAUUAUAAACUCAAUCUUAUAACUUUAAGGAUUAUUAUAUGCCAGAAGACAGUGCAUAUUACUCCUUAACAGUUCUUUUUAUCAUAAAAGUUCCAGUGGCCAUUUAUGUAUUUUACUGAUUAAUCUGUUCUAAACUCAGUAGUUAAAACAUUAGAAAUUAAUACACCUUGUAAAAUGAUUUUGCUAUAUUAUAAACAAAUUUCCCUAACAUUAGAUCUUCAGAAUUCAACACGGUAUUUUCAAACAAUUUGAAAACCAAUGCUAAAUAAUAUAAGAUUCAUUGCAAUGUUAAAAUUUAUGAAUAGCAGAUAUUCUUUUAAUGAGAUCAAAGCUGUUAGCAGAAAGAAGCCUUAUAUUUAAAAUUCAGUUCAUAUUUAUAAUUUAUGUAAGCAGUGAAGAUGCCAUUGGAUUUUACACUACGCUGAUGGGAACUUAGUAACCCGGGCUUUCUCCACCCAGUGCGUUAAAUCAGUCAUCCCCAAAGGGUCUUGGUAGCCCAGUGUUUAUAACCUCCUUCUUUACCUGCUAAUCGACCUCACUUCCUGGAUUUCAGUCCGGGUCUAGUUAUCAGCUAACAAAAGAACAGCUUUUGGUUCCUGCAGACGCUGGUGAAAAAAUAAUCACGAGAAAGAAAUCCACCUUAUGUCGUCUUUUUCUGUCUGCAAAAAUAAACUCAGCCACCAUACAGCUAACAGGUACAGAAGGAAGAUACAGGCUCGGUCAUAGGAAGAAACUGCAGAGAAAAUGAGCAUCAUUUCUCAAGGUUUUUAUCUCCCUGAUCUACAAGUGAUGCUGCUGUAAUUGUAGCUGCAGUUUUCACCGAUCAUUCACCACUCAGCAGCUGGUAGAGAAGUAAGACUGCUUGGCAACCACCUGCAGGGCUGCAGAGAUGAAUUACAUUUUCGGAAACAACACACUUCUGUACUCUCGCGCCAGUCGAGGAGGCAAUGCUAGCUCUAGCCAUGGCUCAGUAGGCCCUAAGCAGAAACACUGGGCAAAAAAGGGCUCGUCAGAUGAACUGCAAGCCGAGCCAGAGCCUUCCCGCUGGCAGCAGAUAGUUGCAUUCUUCACUCGAAGACACAGCUUUAUUGACUGCAUCUCGGUAGCCACCAGCUCCACCCAGCCCACAGAAGCUGUUCCUCCCUCCUCUCCCAUUGUCCCUGUGACCCCUGCCCUGCCAGUCCCUGCUGAGAGUACUGUCGUCCUGCCCUCCGCACCACAGGCAAAUCCUCCUCCAGUGCUGGUCAACACAGACAGCUUAGAGACACCAACUUAUGUUAAUGGCACUGAUGCAGAUUAUGAAUAUGAGGAAAUCACACUUGAAAGGGGAAAUUCGGGUCUUGGUUUCAGCAUUGCAGGAGGUACAGACAACCCACACAUUGGAGAUGACUCAAGUAUUUUCAUCACCAAAAUUAUCACAGGCGGAGCGGCUGCCCAGGAUGGAAGAUUGCGGGUAAAUGACUGUAUACUGAGAGUAAAUGAAGCAGACGUUCGUGAUGUAACCCACAGCAAAGCAGUGGAGGCAUUAAAAGAAGCUGGAUCUAUUGUGCGAUUGUAUGUGAAAAGGCGGAAGCCAGCAUCAGAAAAAAUCAUGGAAAUAAAGCUCAUUAAAGGUCCUAAAGGUCUUGGGUUCAGCAUUGCUGGAGGUGUUGGAAAUCAGCACAUUCCUGGUGAUAACAGCAUCUAUGUAACCAAAAUAAUUGAAGGAGGUGCAGCACACAAGGAUGGCAAGCUUCAGAUUGGAGAUAAGCUUCUAGCAGUGAACAGUGUGUGUUUAGAAGAAGUUACUCAUGAAGAAGCAGUGACUGCCUUAAAGAAUACAUCUGAUUUUGUUUAUUUGAAAGUGGCAAAACCAACAAGUAUGUAUAUAAAUGAUGGCUAUGCACCACCUGACAUCACUAAUUCUUCUUCUCAAUCUGUUGACAACCAUGUCAGCCCGUCCUCCUGCUUGGGCCAGACGCCAACGUCACCAGCCAGGUACUCACCCAUUUCUAAAGCUGUGCUCGGAGAUGACGAGAUCACUAGGGAACCUAGAAAAGUUGUUCUUCAUCGUGGCUCAACAGGACUUGGUUUUAACAUUGUGGGAGGUGAAGAUGGAGAAGGGAUUUUUAUCUCCUUCAUCCUUGCUGGCGGACCUGCUGAUCUAAGUGGAGAGCUCAGAAAAGGAGAUCGCAUCAUAUCGGUGAACAGUGUUGACCUCAGAGCUGCAAGUCACGAACAAGCAGCAGCUGCACUAAAGAACGCAGGCCAAGCCGUCACCAUCGUUGCGCAAUAUCGACCCGAAGAGUACAGUCGUUUUGAAGCUAAAAUCCAUGACUUACGGGAGCAGAUGAUGAAUAGCAGUGUCAGUUCAGGGUCAGGGUCUCUUCGAACCAGCCAGAAGCGCUCCCUCUAUGUCAGAGCCCUCUUUGAUUAUGACAAGACUAAGGACAGCGGGCUUCCCAGUCAAGGACUGAACUUCCGCUUUGGAGACAUCCUCCAUGUCAUCAAUGCUUCUGACGACGAGUGGUGGCAAGCCAGGCAGGUCACCCCAGACGGGGAGAGUGACGAAGUCGGAGUGAUUCCUAGUAAACGAAGAGUUGAGAAGAAGGAACGAGCCCGAUUAAAAACGGUCAAAUUCAAUUCUAAAACAAGAGGAGAUAAAGGGCAGUCAUUCAAUGACAAGCGUAAAAAGAACCUCUUUUCCCGAAAAUUUCCCUUCUACAAGAACAAGGACCAGAGUGAACAGGAAACGAGUGAUGCUGACCAGCACGUAACUUCUAAUGCCAGCGAUAGUGAAAGUAGUUACCUAAUCUUGAUUACAGAUGAAUAUGGCUGCUCAAAAGGUGGUCAAGAAGAAUAUGUUUUAUCUUAUGAGCCAGUGAAUCAACAAGAAGUUAAUUAUACCCGACCAGUCAUCAUAUUAGGACCUAUGAAAGACAGAGUAAAUGAUGACUUAAUCUCAGAAUUUCCUGACAAAUUUGGAUCCUGUGUCCCUCAUACAACUAGACCGAAGCGUGACUAUGAGGUGGAUGGACGAGAUUAUCAUUUUGUGACUUCAAGGGAACAGAUGGAAAAGGAUAUUCAGGAGCAUAAGUUCAUUGAAGCCGGCCAGUAUAACAACCAUCUGUAUGGGACGAGCGUGCAGUCCGUGCGAGCAGUGGCAGAGAAGGGCAAACAUUGUAUCCUUGAUGUGUCUGGAAAUGCCAUAAAGAGGUUGCAGAUUGCACAGCUUUAUCCAAUAUCUAUUUUUAUUAAACCCAAAUCCAUGGAAAAUAUCAUGGAAAUGAACAAGCGCCUAACAGAAGAGCAGGCCAGAAAAACAUUUGAGAGAGCCAUGAAGCUGGAGCAGGAGUUCACUGAGCAUUUCACAGCUAUUGUCCAGGGAGACACGCUGGAGGACAUUUACAACCAAGUGAAACAGAUCAUCGAAGAACAGUCUGGGCCUUACAUCUGGGUCCCAGCGAAAGAAAAGCUAUGAAGACGGAUGUUGUUCUUUCUUUUUUCCAUGGUCUCAUCUCUUGCCCUGUUGUGGAGUCUGUCUUCGGUGUCCUCCACACUGACACAGAUCCCCUCCUCAUGGUCGGCAGUUGUGCCCGUUUUUUGACAUCUGUGUCCCUUCAUGUUGCAUCAUCUGUACUAUUCUGUGUUACUCUUGGUUUCUGGCCACUUUUCAGAAUGAAGAUGAAUGGCCUGACCAGCUAUCUAGGGUUUGGGGAGAUGCAAAAUUGUAAAAUUCCUUAAUGUUUAAGGGAAAGUUAACUUUAAGAGAUUUUCAGAAAAGCUUUAUAUACAUUCUUUUCCAAUUUCAGUACAAAUGAAAGAAAAGUGGUUUUAAUCAGUGAUUUAGUGGACCUUGAGCAACUGUGCACGCUUCACUCUAAUAGCAUGGUUUGGCCAGUGUAUUAGCUCUCAAGUUCUUUCCUCAAUUGACUUCUGCUAUUAAAGUAAUGAUUUCAUUAAAAACAAAUAAGAAAAAUAGGGAUUUAUUUCAAAAUUAAUGUCUGAGUUAACUCAUAAUUUCAGGAGUUGUUUGUUAUUCGUGGCAGGUCUUUAUUGUGUGCCCUCCCAUGGGACACGUGCCAGGACUAACCAUGGAGGUGUGCAGCUCUGUGGGAAGUGAGUGGCUCUCGAGCCUUGUCCGUACACUGUGGUUACGGCUCUGUCGCGGUCAAAGAACUCACUUUACACACAGAACUGCAGACAAGAAAGGGUUUCGGUGGACUUGUAGCAAUCAUGGCAGUGGGAAGGAGUCCAAUUCAUAGCCUAAAAUUUUAAUGUAUGCUUAGGGAGGGGUCAGAUUUUAAUGACUAUUUUACCCACAAUAACUGCCUAUUUUGUUAUAAUAAAAUAUAUAUAAAUAUAUAUAAAACUUUCUUUAACUAAACUCUGUAACUAUGGGAAUUAUUUUCUUUACAUAGUUGCACACACAAACAUAUAUAUAUAUAUUUAAAAUAUAUUUUUCUUUUGCCACCUACUUCUAACUUUUUGUUUGGUUUUUAAAUUAAAUAUUAAUUGAUGAGACUUACCGUCCUUAAUCAUGUGAACUGAAGACAAGUGUCCGGUGGCGGUGAGGAGAAACCUCUAGGAGAUUAGGUUGUGAGUAGGCGCCAAGCCUGUUCUCCUCUUUCCUACAGAAGUUCCAGAAGGUUCCUAGGUUUCCUGUCAGUGUUGUGUUCUUGUCAUGGAGUUUGAUUUCGGUCCUCUGCCUUUCCUCCUAGUUCUCCUCAUUUUAUUAAUAGACAGACAAACUCCAUUUUUGCGACUCCCCGAGACACUUCAUCUUGCGUAGCUGCGCUGAACUAGAAUUGCACAGGUGUUAAGUAAACGACUUGAGAAAGGUUAGUGAGAGGCAGAUGCCUUCAGAAGUCACUUUCUCUAGUCCAUUAUUAAUAUCAUUUGGCUUCCCUUUGCUCUUUGGAACUGUUUAUUCGAUACGUGAUUUUGGCAACUCUUUAAAAUUUCCUAAAUGAGUACUGGGUUGUAAAGAAUUAUCCAUUCCAUUUAUGAGAAAGAGGAGAACAGCUAAUAAACUUUAUUGUAAAAUCCA